CAGAAGAAAGCCAUUUAUGGCCUCUAAUCGCAGUCUAUCCAUCUCCGCUUGUUUUCAGAUCUCUUCAUGGGAAUUUGAACUAAUUCAGUGUUUUGGUACCCUUCACAGGUUGGUCUUUAACACUUUAAGAGACUUCCAGUCAUGCGAUAUGAUGUUCCCAAGUGUGAUUGCUCCUUCAGCAAUGUACCCGGGGCUUUUGAGGCCAACCCCAACUCUGACUCUCCCCCAGUCUUUGCAGUCAGCUUUUUCCUCGCACGCAAUGGGAGCGAGCUUCCUGGUGGAGGAUCUGCUGAAGAUCAGUCGGCCUGCCAGUUACCUGCCCCGAUCUGUUUCUGCCACACUGUCUCCAUCAACUUCCGAACCCACCACCAGCCCAAGCCCGGUGACAACAGAACAAGUCAGUACGACUUGCUCUGUUACAAGUGGAAUAUGCUCCCCUCAUACCUCCAUUUCUACAAGCAGCGAUUCCAAUUACCUAAAGUUUGGUGUGCACGCCAUCCUCUCGUCAACCCCAAGAACUGAAACUUCCCCUCCACUGAUCCAAGGGAUCUCGCCGAAAGCCUUCUUCCCUUACUUCGAGGGAUCUUUCCAGCCUUUCCUCCGCUCCUCCUACUUCCCAGCCUCUUCCUCUGUGGUCCCCAUCCCCGGCACCUUCUCUUGGCCACUGGCCGCUCGGGGGAAGCCCAGGAGAGGGAUGCUCCGUCGAGCUGUGUUCUCCGAUGUCCAGAGGAAAGCGUUGGAGAAAAUGUUUCAGAAACAGAAAUACAUCAGCAAGCCAGAUCGACGCAAACUGGCAGCCAAGUUGGGACUGAAAGACUCCCAGGUGAAGAUUUGGUUUCAGAACAGAAGGAUGAAAUGGAGAAAUUCCAAAGAGAGAGAACUGCUGUCUGCUGGCGGAUGCCGUGAGCAGACUUUGCCCACGAAGUUAAACCCACACCCCGAUCUCAGUGACGUGGGGAAAUCGUCUCCCUGCAGCCUCCACUCGGGGGACGAGGAGGAAACGGGGUGCAGAGACAGCCCCAAUCAUCCAUAUGUCAAUCACCAGAGUUCAAGAGCAUGGACACGCACCUACGUCUCAUCUCACACCAGCACACCGACAAACACAUGUAUCUCCGAGGAGGAGGACGAGGACGAAGAAAUAACCGUUUCAUAAAUGCAUCUCCUCCGAAUCAUUCUGUGAAUGGACGUGGCUUGUUGCUUGCAGAAUAGGAAGGAAACAGUCCAGACUUGCAUUUACCAGUGAGGCCAGCUUUGCACGGCUUCAGUGACCUGCACACAGCCUUUGUACAAAUAAUGAGUUGAAUGAAUAUUUUAUACCAAGAGUAUUAUGAAUGACUAUACAUAUAGUUUGAUUAGAUUCUAAUUAAAAGUUUGUAAACUGUUUAAUGACUUAACUUGAAAAUGUAGCCUUUGUGGUCAUAACUUAUAAAGAAAUGUUUUUUUAUUUUGUA